CUGGUCCGGAGAGGCUGAGAUGGGCAGUGUGCGACCCAAGAACGUGCUCCUACUCCUGGGCAUGAUGUACUUCUGCAGUGUGGAGACCUCCAGAGAUGGUGGGUGUGAGGCGUGCGCUCUGCACAGACACCACCUGUUCCCUGGAGUGUACCAGUGCAUGGGCUGCUGCUUCUCCAGAGCCUUCCCCACUCCCCCCGCGACGCUCCGCACCAUGGUCCGGCCCAAGCCCAUCACCUCCCAGGCAUCCUGCUGUGUGGCAAGCAGCUACGAGGAGGUGGAGUUAACCGUGAAGAACCACACCUCCUGCCACUGUGGAACCUGCAAAUAUCACAAAAUCUCCAGCGGCUAGCUCAACAUCUGGCUCUUUGCAUUCUGAACAUCAUCUCAGAAAUGUGAUUUUAUGCAGUCUUGUUAUUUAUUGUAAUUUAAAAUCAUUGUUAAGCUGUCAUUUUAAGUCUUUCUAUCAUACGUGCCAAUAUUUCAUUACAUCCUUUGGUAGUUUGUUUAUUGGAAACUACUUUCUUUUGUCACGUUCAUAAUCUUUACUAAAAGCUGGUCUAUCAAAAAGAAAUUUACCGCAUGUGUUCACACUGUUUGUCAAUGGAAACAGCAGUAGAUAAGUACAAUUUCAGCAGCUGGGUUCUUCUUUCAGUUCCAUGUAUGACCAGCGGGGGGCGGCCUCACCUCUCUGUGCAUGGAGUCUGGCUCUGUGCUUGCUCUAGUAUUGAGCCGGCCCCUGAUUAUCACAAUGUCAUUAGUUUUAGUGCACUUAUCGAUUGGAGGGGCUGAGGGGCUAUGGGGCUGCUUUACUCUGGGUUGAGACUGAGUGUUGGAGGGGUAAAGCAAAUGGAAACAUGAACAAGAAGAUUGAGAGAGGGAGAAAAAGCACUGCAUGAGUUCUAGAUGGACUAUUUUAUACAUAAUAAUAUUGAAGAUUUGUUGUUUUUGCAAAUUAGCUACCCUGACAUGCCUGUAACAUUUGGAUGUGAUGUGAAAUGCUUGCCUAAUAAAUCCAGAAUUG